AUGCCAACCCGAUCACCCUCGCCAGUUUAUAGUCACGCGACACCAAUGGAGCCCAAACAAUCCAAACCCAAGUCGGUGGCUCAGCGCAGAGUGUACGGGAAACGAAGAGCCAAUGCCCCUAGGGCGGUAUUUGACCAAGGAAGCCCGAUGAGAGAAACCAGAUCCAGAACCCAACAUGUCGAUCCCGUGGAAAACCUCCAAGCGAAACUAGCCCGAGUGACAAUCGACCAUGACGCGACCCACCAACCAGACAAUCAUGUCGAGCCUCCAAAUAUUGAGAGAGAACAGCAGCAAGAGCUUGCAGAAACUCCUCCCGAUGAAUCAAGUCCGUCCACGAUAGAGGACACUUCUGAUACCCCGGCGACGCAAUCCUCCAUCGAGUCCUCCCUGGAAGAAGCGCCAAAACCGAAGCAAUGCGAAACGACGGUGGAGGUCAGAAAAUGUUCGGAGGCUCCAGAAAAGCCCCCUCAAAUCACAUCAGAUUCUCCAACUCCGAUUUCAGAGUUCACAAACGAGGAUCGAGAAAAGCCAAGUACAACAUCUUCCUACAGAAGGAGAGCGGAAAGAAAAAAGACUGCUGCACCGAGAAGGUCGUCUGGAGUUAUUCACGACAGCAAGGCCAGCGAUUAUGUUGGCCCAAUUCUGAAUGAGGCACUAUCUCCAAUUGCCGCACAAGGCAUUCAGAAGUUCGCUUCAUGGGCUUCGCGAUCAGCAAAUAUGUUUGAUGUCGCAAAACUCGCGGAGGGGUCUUACGGUGAAGUCUACAAGCUUCAUUUGCGGGAGGAGGCUUGUAGACCAGUGGUUUCAAAAUCAAAGUUGGCUAAACUGAAAUCAUAUGGCGAUGGAGUCUUCAAGGUUGUACCUCUGCGAGCCAAGAGCGGUCCCGGAUCCAAAAAGUUCACCACCAUUGACGAGAUUGUUUCUGAGGUCAAGAUGCUCAAGUAUUUAGACCCUAUCCCUGGCUUUGCUCGCUUCAGGGAGAUUCAUGUUGUUCAAGGCCGUUUCCCAGAAUCGUUCCAAAACGCAUGGGAUCACUAUAAGAUGACUAAAGACGACUGCAUAAAUCCUAACCCGUGUAACAAGAGAGCUUAUCCCGAUACGCAGCUAUGGGCAAUUGUGGAGAUGGAUGAUGCAGGGUGUGAGCUAGAGAAGUUCGCUUGGUCAUCGAUUUUCCAGAUCUAUGACAUCUUCUGGGGAGUUGCCAUGGCUCUGGCCAGAGCAGAGGAGUAUGCUAUGUUCGAACAUCGAGAUCUCCAUUUGGGAAAUGUUUGUAUACGUUCUACGCGGGAAGAUGGCUGCAUGGAUCCUCCUACAGAGCUCGAUAUUGCUCGCCAGCCAUCCUCUAGUGGGUUUGGGAUCAGCUCACUUGAGACUACCAUCAUUGACUACUCGCUCUCGCGAGCGGAUCUGCUCCUGACCGAUGACCCCGCCGGUCUCACUGAGGUUGCAUCAUCAGACCUGGACAAAAAGCAAUUGUUCGAUGCUGUUGGCCAAGAUGAAGACGAGAUUAUGCAAAGAAACACCUACCGAUAUAUGCGCGCAACACUUUACACUGGUUGCCCCAUACAAACAGAAAAAAUGGCGGAUAUUCCUGGUAUUUGGACAGAAUACUCCCCACGCACCAAUUUGGUUUGGCUACUGUUCCUGCUCCAGAGUCUGUUCAAGAACCGCAAGCCUGACGCAUUGCCUACACAGCCACAGCGAAAGGCUCUUGCACCUUGCUCGCCUAACAAGAUGACACUGAAGCCGGAGACAGCCAAGGGGGAAGAGCAAAACAUGGCCGGGUCCCUCGUCAAGGAGAGACAGACCAAGAAUGCCCACGCUGGUAUUUCCCGGCUUAAGCAGACAAUGGAAGACAGGCUAAAAGCCGUUCUCGAACUUCUCGAUUUAGAGCAUGGACAUGAAGACAUGUGUUGCGCCGCGGAUUUAGUAGCCUACGCGAUGGACUCGCAAUGGCUGGGUGAACAAGACUUUUUUUAA